UGUUAAGAAAAACCAUUCUCUUCCCUUCUAUUUGAUUCACACCUCCACACUGUCUCUAUCACCAAUCCCUUAUAUCCCCCCUCCACUUAGCAUACCAUAAUUCACCGUCAAUUUCCCCAUUGAUGAUCCAUUUGGCAUUUCAUCAUAUUUCACCACUUGUCCUACUCCACUUGGAUAAUUUCCUAACGUAUAGUUUUCAAAAAUCCUUGUUCUUCAUGAGCUUAUAGUUUAUGAGUCCUACGAUUUUUGGCAAUUCAGCAACACUAUAGAUAUAUCUUAGGCUAAGAGAAGCCUUAGCAGCAACUCAAAUCCAAAAGUGUAAGCCUUUCUUCUUGUUAUUAGUCCAUCUUCACCAAUGGAAGAGAAUAUGAAGUGUGAACUAGUUGGUCUCAUUGAUGAGUUAAUGCAAGGGAAGGAGCUAGCAAAGCAGCUUUGUGACCAUCUAGUCUCAUUAUCAUCAUCAUCUUCUCAUGAAACAAAUGAAGUCCUAAUUGAGAAAAUACUUUCCACCUAUGAGAAAGCACUUGCCAUGCUGAAUUGCAAGGCUAAUGUAGGAGAAAGUAAGGCCAACAUUAAUGGCAGCAUGAUGGAUUCCCCUUGUUCUUUCACAAAUGGUAGCCCCAAAAGUGAGGUCAUGGAGCCUGAGAUUAAGAACAAAGAUGUCUUUAAGAAAAGAAAGACCAUGUCAACGUGCACAGAACAAGUGAAGGUGUGCUUGGGAACGGCGCAUGAAGGAUCUCUGGAUGAUGGCUAUAGUUGGAGAAAAUAUGGACAGAAGGAUAUUCUCGGAGCUAAGUUUCCAAGAGGAUAUUACAGAUGCACAUAUAGAAAUGUACAAGGAUGUCUGGCCACAAAGCAGGUGCAAAAGUCAGAUGAAGACCCAAUGAUAUGUGAAAUAACCUACAAAGGAAGACACACAUGCACCCAAGCAAGUCACUUAAACAAAACAGUGAUACCCCCAUCAAAGACAAAGGUGAACUUGUUGGGAGAAAAUAAGCACCAAACCCAUCAAAUUAAGAAUCAACCACGGCAAGAGAAAAUAGAACAACAACCACCAGAGACAUUUUUCACAUUUGGAUCAUCAUCAGGUCUUGAAGUUAAAAUAGAGGACAUCGACCACAAGGAGGGCAUAUUCCCAUCAUUUUGCUUUUCUUCUCCAUCAAUAGUAGGGUCAGAAAAUGGGGACGACAACAACAGCAGCAUAUUCUCAUACACCAUGAUUGAGAACAACUUAAUGGAAAGCUUCUCUCCUGCCUUCAUAUCUCCAACAACUUCAGAUAUAGAAUCAAACACUUUCUGCCACUGGGGGAGCACUGGACUAGGCCAAAGUGUGCAAAGCUCAGGGUCUGAUAUCACUGAUAUAGUUUCAGCACCAACUUCAGUCACCAAUUCACCAAUAAUGGACCUUGAUUUCUUUUUCGAUAAGAUCGAUUUCGACACAGAUUUCCCUUUGAGCACCAUGGAACUUUGCACUUAAUAAAUUGUCCCCACUUCUAAGUUUACAGCAUAUGUGAUUUCUAUGCGGAUUAACUGUGAGUUUUGUAGAUCCUGACUAGCACCAUAACCGAGGGAAGGAAGUCUAUAAUAAUCACCAUAGAUCAUGUCCAUAAAUGAAGACAAUGAAAAACUUCCCUCUUGUGCUAAUUAAGAGAGUUUUCAUGUACCUAGGCUGCAAUGUGAAAAUAAUUUGUAGGUUGUAGCUUAAUUUGGUGCAUGUUUGGUUUGCAAUGGAAAUUGUUGUAAUGCGCGUUCCAAUGUAGAUCUUAUGGAUAAAAGUAAAAUGAAAUCAAAAGAGUUCUAAUCUUUUAGCAUAA